AUGCCAAACCUAGCAUUGCUCAUCUUCUUGGUGGUACUGUUCACUCAAAUCGUGUCAUGGGUAGGACAAACAGUUCUCCAGGAUGUAGGAUUCACACUAUACUCUCGUGUAUUUCUAUCCGGAUCUUCAAGUCAACAACGUAAACUUCGUAAACAAGUGCUUGAAGAUAAAGCAGAAUUAAGUAAAACCUCAUCUCAAGAUGAAUUCGCCAAAUGGGCUAAAAUAAGAAGGAGGUUAGAUAAGAGUAUAGCUGAUUUAGAGAAAUUGAACCAAUCUGUCGGAUCAAGUAAAUCGUCUUUCGGCGUUAAAUUUAAAUCGAUUAUUUGGAUAUUGACUUCCGGAUCAAAAUUGAUCUUGGUUUGGUGGUUCAGAAAACAACCUGUUUUCUGGUUACCUUCAGGAUGGGUACCAGGUCCUUUGGUUUGGUUGUUAAGUUUUCCAAGUGCUCCUUUAGGCUCAGUAUCAUCCGGCGUCUGGUCAACGGUAUGCACUAGAGUGUUAGUAUCAAUAGAAGAGAUAGUCAAAGCUUCAUUAGUAACCUCACCCCAAGGUCCUAUACCUACUAAUCCUUUUGCCACACAAAAUGAAAAACCAGAAGCGAAGAUUGAGCCUAUAACUCUGGAACAUGAGAAAUUGGAUUGA